UCAAAACCUCACGAAUCAGUCUAAAGUCCACUAGGGUUUAAGAGUUCCGUUUCUCUCAAAAGCCCAUCUUCUUCUCUUCCCUUCUCUCCCUCCAUUCAGUUUUCUUCAAAAAUAACUGUAAAUUGAUUACCGUUAAACCCUAAACCCUGGUUUUGCGUCGUAAAGAUUUUCAUUUCGCCAUUGAAAAUUCAUCUAUGGAUGUCCCUACUAAUCAGGUUGAGAACUCCAAUUCAGGUGUGCAGCCUAAUAAACGCAGGAGAAAGAAGUCCAUAGUCUGGGACCACUUCACAAUUGUAACUGUUAAUGCUGACUGUAUCAGGGCCUGCUGUAACCAAUGCAAGAAAUCAUUUGCUUAUAUAUCAGGUUCAAAAUUAGCAGGCACCAGUCACCUUAAACGCCAUAUUUCAUUGGGGAUCUGCCCUGUCAGCCGGUGUAAUCAAGGGAAAUUUCAACUCGGUAUUUACAACCAUGAUACAAAAUCUGAUGUUUCUGGAAAUGGUACGAUACAACCAAGAAAGCGCCUCCGGGCUACCCCUAGACCAGCUAGUUUCUCUUUUGAUCAGGACCUAUGCAGCCGUGAAAUUGCAAAAAUGAUCAUUCAGCAUGAAUAUCCUCUUCACAUGGUUGAACAUUCUGGCUUCAUUGAUUUUGCAAGGUGUCUUCAUCCCCAUUUUAUUACAAUGAGCACCAAUACUGUCCAAGAACACAUACUGGGCAUUUAUUUCAGAGAGAAGCAAAACCUUCUGAACCUUGUUGCUGGAAUCCCAGGACGAGUUAGCCUUACUCUGGAUUUGUGGACUUCAGACCUAAGGGUGUCCUACGGACUCCUGACAGGACACUUCAUUGGCUGCGACUGGAAACUGUAUAGGCGGAUCUUCAAUGUUGUAACGUUACCAUCUCCUGACUCAGAAACUGCCUUUGAUCAAGCUGUUGCUGCUUCUCUAAAUGCUUGGAGCUCUGAGAGCAAGCUAUUUACCCUCACUCUCGACCAAUCCCAUGCAAAUGAAAAUGCAAAGAGAAAUCUUAGGGGCCUCCUAUCAAUCAAAAACUCCCGUAUUCUCAAUGGACAGCUAUUAAUUAACAGUUGUUAUGCUUGUACUUUGACGAGGCUUGCACAAGAUGCAUUAGGGUUUGUUCGGGAAACUGUUGAGAAGGUCCGCGACAGUGUUAAGUACGUGAAGACUUCAGAAGCUCGUGAAGAAAGAUUCAUCAAACUGAAACAACAGCUUCAAGUGCCCAGCACAAAGAACUUAAUUGUCGAUGACCUUACCAAAUGGAAUACUACAUAUCACAUGUUGAUGGCUGCUUCUGAACUAAAGGAGGUAUUUUCAUGCCUGGAUACUUCAGAUCCAGAUUAUGAGAGACCUCCAUCAAUGGAUGAGUGGAGACAAGUGGAAACUCUUUGCGUAUAUUUGAAGCUUUUCUACGAGGCUGCCAACAUUCUAACAGGCCCUUUAUAUCCGACUACGAAUACAUUCUUCCACGAAGUGUGGAAAAUUCAGCUAGAACUGAUGCAUGAUGCUUCGAGCCCAGAUCUCUUUGUCAGCAGCCUUACCAAACCGUUGCAUGAGAAAUUCACUAGAUAUUGGGAGGACUGUAAACUAGUCUUGGCAGUUGCUGUAGUUAUGGACCCGAGGUUGAAAAUGAAGCUCGUGGAAUUCAGCUUCCCCAGAAUCUACGGCGAGGAUGCAGACAAUUGGAUCAAGAUCAUUGAUGAAGAUGUGCACGAACUUUAUCUCGAGUACGUAGUGCAAUGCCUUCCUCCACCAACUUUUAUAGAAGAAGGAAACGAGGCUGUUGUAAAAACAGAUAUACCUCAAGACGACGGUCUUCUGCCUAAUGGUGAUAUUGGGUUUUCGGAUUUUGACAUCUAUAUUUCGGAUAUAAUGAAUGGCCAACAGAUGAAAUCCGAACUAGAUCAGUAUCUAGAAGAAUCUCUCCUACCUCGUGUACAAGAUUUCGAUGUUCUAGGUUGGUGGAGAGUAAAUAGAUCAAAAUACCCAACUUUGUCGAAAAUGGCAUCUGAUGUUUUAUCUAUUCCAGUAUCCACUGUACCCGCGGAUUCUGUGUUCGAUACAAGAACGAGAAAGAUGGAUAGCUACCGAAGUUCAUUAAAACCAUCGGUACUUGAGGCUCUUAUCUGUGCAAAGGAUUGGCUUCAGUAUGAACAUUCAGAAAUUCCAUUUGGAACUACAGAAGAAGUUCCUGGUACAAUUGUUAAUACACAAUUCUGAGUUAACAAAUUUUAAAUCUUAUUUAUAGGAUUUUUUGUGUCUCAUUAUAUAUUUUUGUCUAAUAAGAGCGUCCCUUUUCGUUGCA